UCCUGCUCAGCUUCUCUUGCAGGCAGGCAUCCUCGCUGCUGCUGCCUGCCCACCCGCCUGGGCUUGUAGCCUACCACUUUACUUUCUCCAACUCUGCUGCCAGCUGAGGAGUCUUCCCACAGCUGCUGGCUCCUGCCUGGGACCAUGUGUGUGGAUGCUGCUUGGGAGAAGCAAGGCACUUGCUCCUGGCGUGGAUCCCGGCUCAGUUUCUCCUGUUGACUUCUGGACCACAGAUGUUGCUGCUGAGGAGGUACUCCCUGGCAUCUCUUCCUCUGCUGUUACCAGUUAAAGACUGGCCCCAAAUCAAGCAGGCAAGUGUCAGGAUGGGCCACGGGGCAAGACGCCAACGCUAGGGCGCGAGGUGUGAAGAGUUGUCCAGAAUGACCAACUCCUCCUCUACUUCCACCUCCACCACCACCGGGGGAUCGCUGCUGUUGCUCUGCGAGGAAGAAGAGUCGUGGGCCGGCCGGCGGAUCCCGGUGUCCCUCCUGUAUUCGGGGCUGGCUAUCGGGGGCACGCUGGCCAACGGCAUGGUCAUCUAUCUCGUAUCGUCCUUCCGAAAGCUGCAGACCACCAGCAACGCCUUCAUCGUGAACGGCUGCGCCGCGGAUCUCAGCGUCUGCGCCCUCUGGAUGCCACAGGAGGCGGUGCUGGGGCUCCUGCCCGCGGGCUCCGCGGAGCCCCCAGGGGACUGGGACGGUGGCGGGGGCAGUUACCGCCUGCUCCGGGGAGGGCUGCUGGGCCUCGGGCUCACCGUUUCCCUCCUGUCCCACUGCCUCGUGGCGCUGAACCGCUACCUGCUCAUCACCAGGGCGCCUGCCACCUACCAGGUGCUGUACCAGCGGCGCCACACGGUGGGCAUGCUGGCGCUGUCCUGGGCCUUGGCCUUGGGUCUGGUGCUGUUGCUCCCGCCCUGGGCGCCCAAGCCUGGAGCCGAACCCCCGCAGGUCCAUUACCCCGCGCUUCUGGCGGCCGGAGCGCUGCUGGCACAGACGGCGCUGCUGCUGCACUGUUACCUGGGCAUCGUGCGCCGCGUGCGCGUCAGCGUCAAGCGGGUCAGCGUGCUCAACUUCCACCUGCUGCACCAGCUGCCGGGCUGUGCCGCCGCCGCCGCCGCCUUCCCGGCCGCCCCACACGCUCCGGGGCCGGGAGGCGCCGGGAACCCCGCGCAGCCCCAGCCCCUGCCGGCCGCGCUGCAGCCGCGUCGCAUGCAGCGACGUCUCAGCGGCCUGUCGGUGCUGUUGCUUUGCUGCGUCUUCUUGUUGGCCACGCAGCCCCUGGUGUGGGUGAGCCUGGCCAGUGGCUUCUCGCUGCCGGUGCCCUGGGGCGUGCAGGCGGCCAGCUGGCUCCUGUGCUGCGCCCUGUCGGCGCUCAACCCUCUGCUCUACACGUGGAGGAACGAGGAGUUCCGCAGAUCCGUGAGAUCAGUCCUUCCCGGCGUUGGCGAUGCGGCUGCAGCCGCAGCGGCCGCCACCGGAGUGCCAGCCAUGUCCCAGGCGCAGCUGGGCACCCGGGCGGCUGGCCAACACUGGUAACUUAUCAUAUGCCAUCUGCCGCAUCACCUCCUCUCUUUGUAAGCUACCCCCAACUCCAGAGAAGAUCCCCGCGGGGAAGAUUUUGCCUUCCUUUCCCAGUGAAAUACCUGACCCAAGCAAGGUCUUUCUCUAAAUGGAGUCCCAAUG